CGACGUUAGAAAACUAUCGGCUAAAUAGUGUGAACGCACGGACAUCAUAUGCGCUGGUGUCAUCUCUAAUUGAAUAAUACAAUUUGACUUGUCUGAUACUAUUUUACUAAUAUUGCGCGGAACUAAAAGCGAUAUGUCGAACAAAAUUCAAGUUUCGCUUCCGGAGGAGGAACUGGAUUGGAUACAAUUGUGCCAGGAUCUGGGACCCGUUGCCGAGGUGGAAACGACUAAGGAGAAGCUGCAGCGCAAGAUCAAGGAGAAUCCGCUGGUUCCGUUGGGAUGUUUGGCCACCACGGCGGCGCUCACUGCUGGCUUAUACAACUUUCGCACUGGCAAUCGCAAGAUGUCGCAGCUGAUGAUGCGAACUCGUAUCGCCGCUCAGGGAUUUACCGUUAUGGCCCUAGUCGUCGGUGUCGUCAUGACAUACACUGAUAAAAAAUAACCAUAACGAUUAUAUUAUGGUCCUAAAUAUAUAGGCUGAAUUUUCAUUCAGUUGUAUUCUGUUUUUUUUUUAGUCCCAUGUUACAAAAAGCUACCACCUACGGUGCAAACUUAUAUAAAUGUUUAAAUAUACGUUAAUUUGUAUAUAGACAGUAUCUAAAAGAUACCUAUAGAUGAUAAUUUUAUAAUGUCUCAUUUUGUUGUACUGAAAAGAGGGAAAUUAACAAUCUUAAGGGGCUACUAUUAAUGUAAUAGUUUUAGCUGUGAUGAAUCAAUAGAUUCAAAUAAAUAAUACAUAUCAUCCAAA